CCAGGCUCCGAACAAGGUGUCUGGGACCGUUCCUCCCGGUGCCCGCAGGUGGGACCUCGCUCGGCCCGGCCCUCGCCACCCCGCACGGGGCUGGCGGCCGCUCCCGCCCCCCCCGCCGCUCGCCUCGCCCCGCGGAGCCGCCGCGGCGGAAGCGCCCGCGCGCCCGGAAGCCGCGGGCUCGUGACCGCGCGGCGCCGCCCGCAGCGCAGGCUCUUGGUUACCAGCUGGGCGCCCCAGGAUGAAGGCAGCCGGGAUGCUGCGGCAGGUCUCCGACUUCACGGAUUUCAGCCGAGGCCACCAGCUACGGGAGCUGCUCUGCCAGGGAGAAGAGCCCAGCCAUAUCCAGUCCAGCCCUGAUGGGCAGCACCUUGUGGUCCUGCAGAAGAGCCGGCCGCCCCCCUUGGCCCAGGUGGUGGCCUUCCGACGCCACGGCAUCGCUGGAGCCGACCUAGACAGGAAUUGGCAGCCACCCCAGCCAGCCCUUGUGGGGCUGCUCUUCCUCCAGAGCCCUGGGACACUGGGCUCCUGGGCCUUGGCCCUUGUCUGGGAGCAUGGCCGAACCGAGAUCUGGCACUUUGUUGUCACCGUGGGCUGGCAGCUGCUGCAGACGCUGGAGCUCUGCCAGGGUGUCCGGGCACGAAUCAUCUCGGUGUGCAGCCAGGGAGCCAGCCUGGUGUGGUGUGAGGAGAGGCCUCCCCUAGAUGCCCACUCGGACAUGAGCAAGUGUGCCUUCAGGUUCUGUGUCUGCACCCGGGCUCUGGAGGUGGGGGAGCAAGGGGUGCGGCUGGGCGCUGUAAGGAUAGUUUUGCACAACAGCCCUGAGUACCAGGUCCUGUCCUCCUCCCAGCAUGUCUUCUUGGUGCCUGCCACUGCCAGCUUUGCCACCACUUCCAAAUUCCUUCUCAUUUGGCAUCCUGAGAAGACAAAGCUCACCAUCACAGCCCCCUCUGCAGGCUUCAUCCACAGCAAGGUGCUGCGCUCCAGCAGCGAGUCAGACUUCAGGAAGCUCCUGCUUGGCUCUGUGGGUUUUCUCUCGGGUUUGGCGCCCCUGGACAUUCAUACCUCUGCUGUGUCCAACAGUGGGGGGCUGCUGCUGGUGAGCACAAAGGGGACUGUAAACAUAGUGGAGCCAGAUGGGACACAGAGGCAUAUCUUUGACCUGGAGGGGAGGACUGUGGCUCAAGGAAGUCCUGUCCAGCUGAAGACGUUUGGCAGCAUCCUGGCCUGCGUGCUGGCUGGGGUCCUGUACCUCAUUGACCAAAAUAGUGGAAGGCUCAUAGAAAAGAAAGUCCUGAGCAUGAAAGAGGUGCAUUUCCUGGAGUCCCCGGGAGAGGAAGACAGCAUCCAGCUCCUCAGUCAAACUGGCAUCUACAGCUUUAGCUUCUCCAAACCUGAGGGCAGUAGCAGGCCUGAGCUGUACCUGGUGGAGACGGUGUUUGAAGAGGCCUGUAGAUACUACCAGAGGAGGAGCCUUAGCAGCUCCAAGCUAACUGUAGAGAAGUUGAAGAAAGGUGGUGUAUUCCAGGCUCCUGUGGCCCUUGCUGCCAUCCUGCAGCACAGCCUUCACCAGAAGCAAAAACCAGCCCAAGGUCUUCAAGACACUUAUACCAAGCUGUUGAGCACAAUGAGCCUGGAGCUGCAGAGCUACAUGAGCCUGGAGCUCCUCAAGACCUGCGUGGUGUGUGCCCCAGAGAAUGAGGUAGAAAGCUGUUGUGAGGAACUGGUGGAGCAGGAGGUAAGCCGCGUUCUGCACUCUGACAUGGACAAGGACAACUUGGCCUACCUGAAUUCCAUCUUUGCCUCCUUCCCCAAGGCUGCUUGGAAGGCCACGAGGAGCUGCCUACAGCUGCAGCAGAAUGGGGAUGGACUCUUAGUAGCCAGGGCCACCCCAGAGGUGUGGAAGAAAGUCCUGGGAGGGCUGGAGCAGGAGGAAGUGGGGCAGAAUGGGGUGGUCCCACUCUUUGAGCUCAUCUGCACCUCCUUCCUGAGGUUCAAACCCAAGUGGCUGCCCAGUUUUGUAGAGCUGACCCAGCAGUAUGUUAGCAUCUCUUGGGCAUACAGCAGUAAGGAGGGCCCAGAAGGCCGGGUGCCGCUGUAUAAGAGAGCACUGGGAGUACUGGCCAGGAAGAAAAAGCGCAGUGAGGCAGAUGAUGAGAUGGAGCUCGAACUGCUGCUCUGCAGCAAGAGACCUAAGGCCGUACUGCAAGCUCUGCACAUUCUCAUCCGCCUGAAGCGAUGGCAGCAAGUGGUGGAGGUGGCAGAGAAGUUCUCCAAGCUCAGCCCCCUACUUAACAAGGAGAUAUUCACCACACUUCUGGCAGAGUUUGCCCAGCACCGUGAGCUGGAUCCUUACCUGGACAUGCUGUGGCCGCUGUGCCCUGCUGAGCUCACCAUCUCAGAUAUCCUCACCGUGGUCCUGCAGCACCUCCCUCCCUCCCAGGAGGACCCAGUGCCCUUCUCCAGCGAGGAGAACCAGCUGACUGUAGGCUUGCUCAAGCCACUGCUGCAAAGGGUUGUACAACGUCCUUGCAUCCAGGAGGAGAUGUACUCAGAUGCUUUGCAGAGCCCCACCUUCCCCCCUCCCACUCCACCCCGAGAGCACAAGAUCCCCUCAAAAGCAGUGGCCGAUGAUGCCCCUCAGUCACCCAUGGUGAGGACGUCCUCCUUGUCAGCACUGCUACAGGGUGACACUGUGUGAAGGGAAGCACAACAGGAUCCCAGGCCUUAGGUGCACAAGAAGGGGAAAGCUGCAUCGACCCCAGGAAAUCCUGCCCUGCCUGGCAGUACAGAAGCCUGCUUCCUCUGAAGCCUCCCUAUGGCAGCAUCUCCAAGAGGCCGAUGGGUGGCUCAGUUCGGGGAUUUCACCUGAAGCCAGGACAGGCUUUCUGGCUGUUUGUAACAAGUGCAAUUGACUGUGCCACAGUGGAGGAGCAGAUGCCGGGUGCAUUUGUAGAUGAAUGCACUGGCUGCACUACAGGACUACAGAACUGCUCCCUGCCGAAAGCACUUUGUUUUUCAUUUGCUUGGCUGCUUUGUAACUUCACUUCAACUUCCCUGAUCCUUUAGGAGUGGUGGUGGAGUGGUAGGUAGGGCCACACACAGUCUUUCCACUCCAUUCUCUGCUGAGUGGGUUGUGUGGUGCCUCCAAGCUGCCUGAGAGAAACUGGGCCUGUUUCUUGCAUGGGGUCACAGAGUUCUGCUGCUCUGGGCUCAGUCAGAUGCUCAAUGCCAGUGUGGCGCAGCUUUGUAGUACUGGCGGUCCCAGCACACACACUGGCAGCUGCAGCACUGCGCUGUCUCGCUGCAAUUCCUCUGGGAUCAGUCCUGUAGCUGCGACCGAUUGCAGCUACUUAGCUGAAGAGAGACUAAUUCCCUUAUCUCCCUAUCCCAGAUGGGUACCUGAACUCUCUUCUGAGCUGAGAAGCUGGCAGCAGCCUAUGCAAGCUUGGGCCUGGCCCUGCCUCUCCCUUUCCUUUGUGGAAGCUUAGAUUAUACCACAGGACGCCCAGACCUCUCUUCCAUCUCCUCUACCUUUGCCCUUUGCACACAAAGGGGCUUUGUAAGGGUUGUCUGGCUCAUAUUGUGCCUCUGUUUGCAAAGGCAGUGUAACUUGAGAGCAGUCUUGCAGGAAGAUCCAGGUUCCAGCAUCCCUCCAGCGCUCACUGCCUUGCCACUUCUUUGGGAGAGAGACCCUGGCUGUGGCUUUGCCCCUGUGAGAGACCCUGGCUGUGGCUUUGCCCCUGUGAUCGGGGCUGUGGUGUGAAGGAGCUGGCUCUUGCCUUGCCAGUCUGGCAGAGCUUGGCUGGGUUGGGAGAGACUCACUUGCAUUAGUCCUCUUGAGAUUGGGGUUAAGUGUGGAAGACAGGCUGCUUUCAAAAAAUAAAGGUUCCUAAAGCAGUGCUUGGGCAGUGGUGGAUGUUUUGAGGAGGCAGUUCUAUUUUGCUUCUGGUGAAAAGAGGCCAAACUCAACUCACUGUGGCACUGCCUGGCAUGGCUCACAUCUGGUACAUACUGUGCUCAGAGAUCCAGCUGUGCCUGGACAGCCCAUUCACUCCACAGUGCUCCGUGGGACUCCGCACCAGCAGGCAGGUGACAAUCCCAGAAGGGCCAUUCCAGGCAGGUUCAGCAAAGGUUGCUGGGAGCAAGGAGAUCUACUUGGCCUUCGCUCCCAUCUUCUCUGCAGCUGCUUGGUGCUGCAAGCAAACCCCAAAGGCCAUCGGGGCUUCAUGUUGAGGGGUUGUGGCUGGGAUCGCGGUAUGGCUGAGGAAGGGAGAAUUUCUUUCUCAAGGGCUGCAAUUCUUUGCUCCUGGCUGGAAAACCAGCAACAGGGAGCACCAGGCUCACCCUGAUGGGAGUCUGCUGUCCUGAGCACACAGCAGCAGGGCUGUGUUGGAGGGAUUGCAAGUUGUCAAACCAUUACAAAGUUGCAGCAGGGCCUCCCCCAGACAAGGGCUCGGCUCGGUUGCAGAAAGUCCCUGUGAUGGAAAGAAGUCUGGCAAAGAGAAGAGGAACCGCUGCAACGGUUCUCUAGAGGUUGGUCGGCUAUCGCUGAGACCUUCCUUACGGUGGCCCUUGUGCUGCAGACGUUGGACACUGCGAGUUUCUCUCCCACACAAGGGAAGUAGAUUCUGGUAGCUGCGGUUUGUGUGAGUGGAGGGAGCCUGGCCUGACAGGAGAGCAAAUGGCAGCCGCUGUGGGCAUUGUGCAGUAAGCUGUCCUCACCUCUUCCCCGGGCAGCUGCUCUCCCUGUCUGAGCCCAGGCCCCUCCUAGAGCUACGGCUCCAGGGACUGGGGUGCUGCCCUGGGGCAGCACUGAAUGGGGAACUGCUGAAAGCAAGCCCCACACCGUGGGAAAGGCUGUGCAGUAAUUUAGGGCAAGAUUUUUGUUGCCAGGGCUGGGUUUGAAUGCAGGUGGCCACAGUGAUGCAGCAAACAAGGCAAGUCAAGUUCCCUGCCUUCCUGCGCUAGCUUUGCAGAGAAGAAAAGACUAGCUGGAGGCUGAGCAGAAGAGGAGAGCAGCACCCGCAAAGCAGGCAAGUGGAAGCUGAACUCAGCAGCAGUCCUGCGCAGGCUGGCAUCCCUGAGACACAUCAAGGGAAGGAGCAUCAGGGACAGGUGAGGACAGCCUGGGGCUCGAGGGUGGAAACCUUCACACACAGCCCCUAGAUAAGCACAAAACAGUUUGAGGGUUUGGGGAAGGGGAGAGCAAAGGCAAAGCAAAUGGAGACAAAACUGAGCUAAAUGUUCUUCAAGGACGUACCAGGAAAUCCUGCCCCAAGCACCAGAAAGGGUGAGCAUCCCUUGGGGAGCAGCGGCUGAGCCGCCCCACAGAACAGAUUCAUCUGAGUGAUAGCAAGCAUGGGGCUCUCCUUAUGGUCAGGAUGGGUGUUGGGGGGAGAUAGCAGGAGGUAAGGCAUGUGCAGCUUAAGAUAACACCCAAAGGAAAAAAUAGCAAUUAGAAGAUCUGAAGGCAAAGGGAAAAAGCGAUAAUUGCAGAUGCGUGUUGUGGAAAGCAAGCUGGCCAGCUCAGCCGCCUU